AUGGCAUUUGAAAGAGCCAAUGUGAACACAGACACAGCUGCCAUCCAGAGGAUAUUUGGAGCCUUCCGCAGCGAGCUCGACGAACAUCAUGACCGUCGGGAGCGUGUUAUCAAAGCCUCUAGGGAUAUUACAGCCUUAAGCAAAAAGAUAAUAUUCUCCUUGCAUAGAGUUCGCUCUCUCAACAAACCUCUGCCCAAGAACGUCUCCAAAGACAACCACGACCGCUUUGCACUAAUAAAAAAGCUCUUUACCUCUAUCCUCCCCGACCUUGCUGGUAUUAAUGCUUACCGUUAUCAAUGGCAGACCAGCCCCGGUAUCCAAGAGUACAUUGAAGCAGUCACAUUCCAACACUACAUCGAGACCCAGCAACUGAUGUCCCAAAAAGACGUAAUUAGCUCACUUCCUCACGGUAUUCUGGUGACGGCGGCAGACUACAUCUUGGGUGUGUUUGACUUAACGGGGGAAAUGAUGCGUUUUGCCAUAACGAGCAUGGCCGCCGGAUCGAACGUUAACAUGUCAGUCGACGGACCUGGUGAGCAAAACCACGAGCUGGAUAAGUGUGUCGGUAGUAUAUUGAUACAUAUGCAACAAUUGCGGGUAAUGCUCGAAUCGAUAAAUGUGCCACUCGGAUAUAGCUUGAAUAGGGAUUUUUGGAAGAAACUGGAGUUGAUGCAGAACAGCGUGGAGAAAGUGGAGCGGGAGGCAUAUGGAUUGAUUGUACGGAGCAGUGAACGGUCCGGUGUGUUGAUGCCGGAUGUGUUUGGCGCCGACUGA